GUCACAGUCGUCAUGGUUGGUAUGCUUGACGUUAGCCGCCUUCAGCGUACUCUGGUGUCCCCCGAAGCGUCGUUUGUAAACUUUGUAUAAAAUGACAUGUGUCUCUAGCUCUUAACCUCAAAACGAAAUGUUAUAAUGAGACGUGUAAUGUUGAUCCAUAGGUGCGAGAAUGAAAACUACUGAAUUUGUAUGUGAAGUGAUUUGAUCAAAUAAAAUGGAUGUCGAUCUGUUACGUCCUGGAACUGUACCGAUAUCCCCUGAUACGAUUUUGUGGUUUGAAUUUCUUCUUAAUCCAAGUUUACUUGAGAAACAUUUGGCCAAAACCAAGCCCGAGCCGUCGGCGACCGACCUUAUUGUAAGCUUCCUCUCAAUAGCUUCUGAAAAGAAAGAUGAAGAAACAGGGACAGCCACUGAACCUGUAGAUAUUACCAAAGGCGAAGAAAAUGGAACAAAGAGGAAUCGGAAAAGCCUUGCUCUUAAAAUCCUUGCCCUUAAAGUUGCCGCAUUCUUAAAAUGGGAUCUGAGUAUAUUGGAAAGCAAGUUGCCUCUAACAAUGCAGCAAACACUCUUGCAGUCUCUUUUAUUCAUUUGUUUGGACUGUGAUAUGGAUGUGUCUCGACAUUCAGAAUUGAAUUUGUCAAAUUCACCCUGUCAAGUGGUUUUUGCUGUAGUUUUGUACCAUCGAUGGGUACUCAGAGCUAUAAUGCAUAACCGCAUUUCCAUACGUCAGACCCGAUUGCCAAAUGUUUCAAUACCUGGACUUCAGGAUCCUGGGAAUAUUGCCAUAAAUGUUUUGGAAGAUAUUUUGCGGCGCCUAGAAACUCAAGCACCAAAUAGUGUGGAACUGUUAUCUUCUCAAGAAUCAGUACCACCUCCCAGUGUUCCCGUGUUUGAAACAUUCAUAGGACUGACUGAAGAUUCCCUGCAUGUGAAACAGGACUGGGACAAGGGCAUCAAGAUAUCAUCUCAAGAGUUCUUGUGUCAAAUACAUUUUGAUUUGGCGAGUUACCUUCUGUUUCGAGAACAGAAUGAAUCCGCUCGAGAAAGUAUGCAGAAAGCUGCAACAUUGUAUGAACAUCUGAAGAGUUCAAAUACUCAAUUCUCUUAUUGUAGCAUCAAUGAAGAAACGUUUAAUGGGUAUUGUCAGGCUCUUGAAUUGACCACUUCAAAGCGCGACUUGCUUUCUCAGUUGCAGCAUUCUAUUCAUAAUCAGUAUACUGGUAUUGUGACAAUUCUGCAGCAGGACAAUAUUCAUCUUCAAAUCCCUCAGAUGUAUCGUGAUAUAUUGGAGUUUGACAUUCAAGGUGCUGUCACAAGUGGUAAAUUUACAGUGGCAAGAGAUCUUCUGUUUCAAGUGCAGACCCUUAAUCUUGUUUGCCGAGCUCUGAAAGGCCUGCCUAAUUACACUACUUAUUGGCAGAAGUUACACCAAAGCAAAGUAAAGGGAGUGGACAUUCUUGUGAAUGCUAUUUUGGCUGUAAUAUCAUCCAGUAUUGAUGAUCAAAGAAAACAGAGACUGAAACAGCUGAUAUUCCUUGGAAUAGUUGAGUAUUCCCCAUUGCGUGAAUGGAUUGCUAAACACAAGGAGAUCAAAGAAUUAUUUACAUUUGAGGAAUUAACAAAAAUGAAUUUACCUGUCAUUAAAAGCGAGCAAUGCCCAGGAGAAAUUACAGAAGAUUCUUCCGAUGUUCCUGAUUUACUUCUAUCUGCUGACUGGGGACACAACAACUUGGAUUUUGCUGGAGACUCUCGCCUUGAAUCAGGUGCUUUGGAACAGCAACUGAUUCGUAGUUAUGACCACCAGGAGGUUCACAAAUUACUAAUUAAAUUGGGUUCGUUGAAUCCUGGAAAAGUGCUAUGGAAAAUCAAUAAUAAGUGGGAAUUGCCAAUACCUCUACAAGGAGUGGUGACAAGUCUUCCUCGAUUUCUUCAAGAUUAUUGUUACAUUCUCCUUGCUAAAGCUCGAGAAUUGACAGCAAUGAAGGACUUUGUUGGUGCCCAGCAAUUUCUUUCAACAGUGGAGAAGGAAGCUAAGCCUGGCAAUCAAUUUUCUAACAUUUUGUCAUACAAGCUCCUCAGACUAGUAGGAUGGGAGACCCUGUUGGUGCAAAUCACACACUUUCAUACAGAGUGGCCAUCCUCUGGGAUCAACACAGAACAGCUUAUUGCUGGCUGCAAGCAGUGCUUGUCGACUUUAAAGUCAGGAGACAAUGUGAUUCCUCGCUUAGAGAUAUUGGAGCAAUGUGCUCUCUGUUUGUUGAACUUAGGCCAAUGGGAAUAUUUGUCUUUGUUAGAGAAGCGCUGGAACUACUUUGAAUUAGCAACAGCUUUGGCAAGUGCUUGCUUUGAUGUGGCUCGUUUCAAAGGGAAUAAGAAAGUUUGCAAAGAUGCUUGGGACAUAGUUUUGCCUGUAUUUGGGCCAUCGCAACAACAGAAACGAUCAUCAUCAGGAGCUGCUUCCAUUAUGCAUCGUGACUCACCAACUCAUUGUGGAUCUGUUACCACACGUGCCGGUCUCUACCAAGUACUGGCAACUCUGCGUGACCCCAUUGCCCUUGCAGUUGCCAUCUCCCUACUUGCAAGGCUGAACAAUGUGCUGCGAGAUGAACCCACUUUUGAAUUGAAUGUUGAAUAUACUGGACUUUGGCCUGCCACAGUCAGCAAUGCAAAUUCUUAUUAUGCUCGAGCUGUGAGUGAAAUGUUGGGACAGCUGCUGGCUUUAUCUUUGCGAUUUCACCCCACAAAUACCUCUUGGUUGAAGCUUCUUGCUGACUUGAAUUUUGUUAUGGGACACUAUGCUGCAUCUUUGAAGUGCUAUUUGGAAGUGGCAGUUUUGGUCAGUGAUUUCUUCAGUCAACCUUUGCCACGUGGUGUUAUGGAUGAUCAUGUUUAUCGAAGAAUGAUAAAAUGCUGCACAAAUCUUCAGUGUCAUACUCAGGCAGCAGUACUUUGCCAAUUCCUUGAAGAAAUAGAUUAUUCAACAGCCUUCAAAUCCCUUGGAGGAUAUUGUCAUUCAUUGAAUUACCACUAUAAGACAAAAUUAAAUGAAGUUCUGAACAAUCAAAUCAAAAUAAAUCACAGAAUAGUAGUACAUAAUCAUCUUAAUUGUGUUUGUUCUAUAUGGAAUGGUAAAAUAGUAAAUAAGGGUUUAUUGUGAGAAAUGGGAGAUCGAUAUAAUAUUCACAGUCAAUUGGAGCAUUUACAAUCCAAGUACAUUGGAACAGGUCAUGCUGACACAACAAAGUUUGAAUGGCUUGUAAAUCAACAUCGUGACUCGUAUGCUUCAUAUAUGGGUCAUCAUGAUAUGCUGAACUUCUUUGCUAUUGCCGAAAAUGAAGCCAAAGCCAGAGUUAGAUUUAAUCUUAUGGAAAAAAUGUUGCAGCCUUGUGGACCUCCUCCUGAGAAACCUGAUGAUUAAAUAUGUAUUGGUAAUUUUAUACAUUUCAUCAUCCUAUUUAAUAAUUUGUGAAGGUACCCUUGACAUACAUAUGUUUUGACUGAAAUGUGCAAAAAAGAAUUUACUUAGCCAAAAUUGUUAUUUUUUUCUGACACUAGAGUAAAUUAAUAAAGUUUUUAAAUGCCAAAAUUUUAUUUUUCAUAUCUUAAUUCUUUUUAGUAUCUUUCCUUUCCCUGAUCCAAUAUUUUCAUUUAAAGAAAUAUAUCUUCCUUUGGUUCCUGAAUUUAUUAUUCCCAAUAUCCACUUCUCUUAGCAAACAUUUUACCAUGAAUUCCCAAGUAACAUAAUUUCACCCAACUACAAAAGUAGCAAAAUUACAAAUUUAAUUUUGAAGUUGUUCAUAAUUGAAAAUUUACAAAUAAAAUAAUUUUUGAAUUUAAAGUUACAUUCAUUGAAAUUAUAUCUUAAAUGUUUAUAAAUGAUUAUGUAAUAAUAAAAAAAGACAUGAUUACAGUGAUCAACAAAAUUUAACUUUUUGUAUGUUAAAUGGAAUAUACAUGGUACCAUAUGGAAAAUGGUGUUCUGAUUUCAAAUUUGUGGGUUAUUUGUCAUGGGUAAGGUUUGUUUGUAAUAAGCAAUUAAAAAGUAUACACUGU